UGUGACAGUUGGAUUAAAACAGGCACCUUGGGUAUUAUUGGAAAACAAACCCAGUGAUGUCAGAGGCUUAGUGAUGAAGAGGUUUAUCAUGUACGCUGAUGUUUGUGUGAGUCAUUUACUCCAAACACCUGCUGAUGUUUCAGAGGACUGUGGACCUGGAAGAACAUAUUUGACAAAGGUUGGCGGUUGGAGCAUUUUGGUGACAAUGAACAUGCUGGAGGACGUCCCGUUUCAGACCCAGCUGGGUCCGCUGGAGGAAGAAAUGCAGCUGUUGCCCGCUCCGGAGAUUACUGUACCAGACUGCCAUCAGAUAAUGCAGGAAACUGAGUAUGGGUUCAACCUGGAGAGAUGGAUUAUAACUGGACAGCAGUUAGCCUGUCAAGCUCCAUCCUGCCCUCCUUACUGGCUGAUGUUCAGCAGUCCUAACGAGACUUGUAGGGUCACUCCCAGGAGCAGCGAUCUGCAGGCCCUCAACCCUCGGCCCCGUAGCCACAGCCUGAACUCUGCUGACGCUCACUGGCUGCACCAUCGCACUGUCAAGUUCCUCAUAUCUGACUCUGAAGAUGAAGAUGGUUAUCACGAGGACAAUGAAAUGUCCUCCACUGAAGAUGCCCCUCAGCUCAUCAAGGGGAGGGAGCGACCCCGGAGUGCUUCACUCAAAGACCCAAUCUCCAGAGUCAAAGACAUGCACCUUGGUGCUUCCCCGCACCACUGUAAGACUGACUUACCUCAGAGUUUCAGAAGUCACAGGGGCGCUUCUUCUCUCCCAGAGUGUAGACAGCCUCUGCGUGCGCUUGAGCAGCACAGAUCACAGCAGGCCAGUCCGCUCCCCCAGAAGAACAUCAAAAAGAGGCAGCGCUCUUUGGGCAGGAAGUUCUCCCAAAACACACCACCCGCUGGACCUUCCCCACCCAGACACCAGCAACGACCCUCCUCUGCGGGGCCUGUUUUGAAAAACCGCAGGAAGAAGGUCCUGACGAGUGGUGCCUCUCGGGGGGUUUUCUUUGACUUUGCAGCAGAGCUUUUGACAGCACUCAGCCAGGAAGAGAGAGAGCUACUUGAAACAAUCACUGAGAGGGGCUACCCUUUACGAACAGCUAUUUUGGCUCUGCAGAAGACAGGCUACAGGAGCCCUGAGAAGGUGCUAAAGUACCUGGUUACCUGUGACCGUCUGUGUCAGCUGGGAUAUGAUCAAGCACAGGUGGAAGAGGCUUUGGAGAUGUUUCAGAACUGUGAGAGCAAGGCUGCUGAGUUCCUGCGAUUGUUGACUCAAUUUAAUGAGAUGGGCUUCCAGCAAAGUGCAAUCAAAGAAGUGCUCCUUGUUCAUGAAAAUCACCGUGAAAGGGCUCUUGAGGAACUCAUGACACGUAUGGCUUAAAGAAGUUGUCACAAUUCCAGCAUAAACGUCUACAGUCACUAGAAGAGCACUCAGUUCUCCCAGGCCAAUCCCCUACCUAUAGUUUUAUAGAAAGCUAUAACAAUACCAUUAAAAUUAAAUCGUAACUCUGUGGCUGAAUUCAAUUACUGCCUUUUAACUUGCACUCAAUUAAAAUCAAACAAAUGCAACUGAAAGAUGGGGGAAGAAUGAAAUGCAAAAUAACAUCUGCUUUCAAAACGU